CUACCUACCAGAGACGCGCUGGUGGCGGCGAGGACCGAGACGGGGGCGAGGCCAUGUCGGACCUGGGUUCGGAGGAGUUGGAGGAGGAGGGAGAGAACGAUCUUGGGGAGUACGACGGGGAACGGAAUGAGGCAGGUGAACGGCACGGACACGGGAGAGCAAGGCUGCCCAACGGGGACACGUAUGAAGGGAGCUACCAACACGGGAAAAGGCACGGCCAGGGGAUCUACAAAUUUAAAAGCGGUGCUCGAUACAUAGGAGAAUACGUUAAAAACAAAAAGCAUGGCCGUGGCACUUUCAUAUACCCAGACGGAUCAAGAUAUGAAGGGGAGUGGGCAGAUGACCGAAGACACGGUUACGGCGUCUACUACUACGUCAAUAACGACACCUACACCGGAGAGUGGUUUGCUCACCAAAGGCACGGGCAAGGCACCUACUUCUACGCCGAGACGGGCAGUAAGUACGUAGGCACCUGGGUGAACGGACAGCAGGAGGGCAUGGCCGAGCUCAUUCACCUGAACCACAGGUACCAGGGCAAGUUCUUGAACAAAAACCCCGUCGGCCCUGGAAAGUACGUGUUCGACAUUGGAUGUGAGCAGCACGGGGAGUACCGUCUGACAGAUGUGGAAAGAGGAGAAGAGGAAGAGGAGGAGGAGGUGACUCUGAUGACCGUCGUUCCCAAAUGGAAGGCCACCAGCAUCACAGAACUGGCUCUGUGGACACCGACCCUCCCCGAGGAGCAGCCACCUGCGGACGGGACCAUCCAGGAAGAGGCUCCGGGACCCGAGGGUGGUGGGGAGCCUGCGGAGGACGACCAGGCUCUGGCGGACCUUUCCGAGGGGGAGGCUGACCUCACGAGGCCUGGGGAGGACGACGAAGACGCCACCGGGGAGGAGGGGCGCAAGGACGGCCGAGAGGAGCUUCGAUAUGGCACCAUCGACCAGGGUGAGCUCUGUAGGUCUGCUUGGGGCUGCAGGUUCCUGGAGCCGUUGAAGGUCUUCCGAGAGCUGUGGGUACCAGCAGUCCAGGGAGGGCUCUCUUCAAACCGGAUUUCUUUUAUCUGAUUUAAGGCGGGUGUGUUGGCGCUGAGGGGGCCGGUGGUCUGGGAACGGCCGGCUCUAGACGGUGGUUGGAGGGCCAGGGGCCCCGCGCAAUUUUGUUUGUCUCUGUUGCAGAGUAAGAGCAAAUGUCUUUCCCGGUUUUUUGGAGAUACCUGAAAAGAUGAACUCCCGUAAAUCAGGUUUCAAUCUAAAUGCUUGAGGUGCACAGAGCGUUAGGCUUUUGUUGGCAAGUGAUUGUAACUGCUGCAGGGCCACACCCGAGAAGCUUGCGCUGGCAUCGGGUGGCCCAUGGCUAAGGGGCGGCCCGGUGACGUCUCACUUGUCCCCCUGCCUCCUGCAUGUGGACCGGAUGCCCCAGGGUUUGUGAGGGCAGAGUAGGCUGUGUCCGUAGAGCAUGGAAACAGCACGGAGAGGCUGAUGCAGAGCAUCCCCGAUGGGAUGACCGGGUGCUUCCCAGGGGAGCCGAGAGGCACUGAGGGCCCAACAGGAAGUGAGCGGAGAAGCAUGUGCCAUGUGCCCCCGUGUGCCUGUGCACGCCUGUGUGUGGUUGUGUGUGCCCGUGUGUGCUUGCGUGUGCCCGUGUCUUCCUGCCGUGUGCCUGCGUGCACAAUUACCCAAACUUGAGACUUAACUUGAUUCUGACAGCGUGUCUGAGGUUCACCCUGCUCAUCACUUCUGACAUGUUACAGAGCCCACUUCCCAAAACAAGGUAACUCUCGAUUUCAUGAAGCAUUCAAGAUAACAUCUUUCCAGAAUGUAGCAAGUCCCUGCUUUUCUUUUGAUUGAUGCAAAGGCCAAAUAGUGACCCCUCGCGCUUGUAAAGCUGCCCGUGUUUGGAUGGCGUGUGCGGGCAGAGACAUUCCCGAGCUCACGCUCGCUGACGCGAACAUUCUCAGCCUGGACUUGGAAUACAACUUUUGCUUAAUGUAUUAACUGGUGCCAAAGAAAAAAACCCACCAGCGUCUGUGUGAGAUAAAAUUGAACAUUCCUUUUUUUUUUUUUGCCCAAGAAAGGCUUAAUAUUUAUGAUAUUAUUCACUGCAAAAGACCUGUUAGCUCACAGAAUUUCAAGAUAGCAAGAGGGACGUGGGAUAUACUCAUGUUUCU